AUGGAUAUCUUCGCCCGGUCCUUCACUCUUCUCAACAUUCAGCCAAACGGGCGUUCUCUGGAAAGACUCCCUCAAGAAAUCCUUCGAAGAAUUGUGGAACACGAAGAUUUAGAGACUCAGGACAGGAAGGCGAUCAGCCUGACAUGCAGCACUUUGCGAAGCCAUGCACUCCCGAGCCUGUUUCGGUGUAUCACAAUUUCCCAGCUGUGGCAAGACCGUGAAAACUUCCUCCGUAUUUGCCAUACGCCCCAUUUAGCACAGCAUGUGCGGGACAUCGAAUGGCAGGAAAUCUCAUGGCAUCCUGGAUUUUUCUCCCGUGCCGCCUUUUAUUCCAAGGAGGCGGAGCUGGUGACGUGGCUUUGGUGUUGGUAUUACAACAAUUCCAGCACGAGGACUCCAGGUCUAUAUGGUAGGCUACGAGCCGGAGAUCAAGGCGCCCAAUUGGCAUUCUGCCUAGACGAGUCCCUCAAUCGUCACUUCUGGCUCUUCGCUAUCCCUGAUUUAUCAUCAUCGGUUUAUCCAUUUACCUGCGAAGAAAUGUGCGGCUCCGGAUUUUCCCCGGAGGAGAUCGACUUCAUCAAGGGGAGGGCAAGACAAUUCAGUGAAGGUCUAGCAGAAUUCGAUUCGGCAACGUUCAACUCCCUACGGGAAAAAGCCAUUGCGUCCUUUCACCAAUGGAUCCUGACCGAGUUGUAUGCUCUGGAGAUUCGGGCUAGACACUUUCAGACACACCGGACUUACUGGCUUGGAGUAGACAGUCAAAAGGAAAUGGCGAACGAUGAAACAGACAGUCAAAUGGAAACAGCGAACGAUGAGAUGGACAAUCAAAAGGAAACGGCGAACGAUGAAGCAGACAGUCAAAAAGAAACAGCGAACGAUGGGCUCUUUCUAUUCCUCUUCCCAGCUAUGGAAAGACUUCGAAACCGCAUCACUCGACUUCUUUGGCAUGAUGAAGAUCAAUACAGGAGCUGUACCCGGCCCGUACCACGCGCUGAAAAGGUCUUUGAGCAUCUUCAAAAAUUAGAGUUGUCAUUCUACUUCCCUCACCUAAUGUAUGACUCCGACGGAAACGAACGAAACCAUAGCCACUCACUCCUGCGGGCUGCGACUAACCUGACCCAUCUGGUUAUUAACAGUAAUCUUCGUUAUAAGUUUUACUUACCAUCCAUACGAUCCACACAACUAGUCUCCCUGCAUCUUCAUUCUUCCGCGAGAGUCACUUGCAAGGAACUGAUACCAGUUUUGCAAAGAAACUCCAAGACACUUCGACACCUUGGCUUGGACAGUUGUGCUUUAGUCGUGGGGUCGCUCAACCGUAUCAGAGAAGAAGUCCCUGAUCUUCAAUUAGAAUCCUGCCGCUUGAUGGGGGCCUCGCAGAGUCAAGACUGGGUUCCCGAGUCUCAUGUCCUUGACUAUAUGAAUCGUCAUGGGUCACAGGACCACUCAGAUAGUCAACGCGAGAAUUUCUUUGAGUGGCGAGACUUGUUAUUCAAAAGAAAUGCGAUAUUCACUGAAGACGACUUGAUGGGCGCGAGUUGCUGGAAGGAUUCUGAGGAUAGUGAGGAUUCCAACACAACAGAAGAGCGUGACUACGAGUUUAGCGAGGGUAGCGCAGCAGACUACUGGUUCCUUGAUGAAGUUUCAAGCGAUGAAAUCGAAGACGCCGAGAUGUCUCGAUAUAGUGAAGCUCUACAGCACCUUAUCAAGGCGCGGGAAAAAAGAAGGAAACGUUAUUACGCUCACCGGAAUAACGAAGCCAGUGAAGUGGAUGAAGGGCCCGAAGCUGAGGAUAUGGAGAUGGACGAAAACUGCGAUUCUGGUAACUGCGAAGGGGGCGAAUUGAAUGAUCCCCAGGAUUCCGAAAUGCUGGAUGAUGAGGCAGGAAAAGGGAAAGGCCAAGCGGACGAAGAACAUGAGACUAGCGGAAAAGAAGAACGCGAGAUUGACGUAGAGGAAGGAUGCGCAGAUGACGAAAUGGAAGAAGACCAAUGCCCUAUUGAUGAGGAGAUGGACGUGGAGGAUUGUGGGAGUACCAUGAGCAGCAUUGUUGAUCGCAAAUUCAGGUACGCCGACCUCGUGGAUGAGGACAGCGACGUGUGGGUAUCUAGCAGGAGCGAGUACAUGUCCUCAAGCGAGGGCGAGGGCGAGGGCGAGGAAGAUUAG